AUGGACAAUUUCACAGACAAAUCAGCAGAAGUCCUGAAAGCUGCCUUCGAUAAGGCAGAAGAGAUGGCCAACUCACAAGUCUAUCCUGUCCACCUCAUCUCUGUGCUAUGGGAAGAAUCAGGUACAGGCUCUUCAUCACAGCCUGAUCAACCGACGUUGCUCAAAUCUGCUCUUGAGCAUAUCGGUGGUAAUCCAACAAUAUUCAACAGGGGGUUAAUGCGAAAACUCAACAACCUCCCUGUAGUUGAUCCUGCGCCAUCACCACCCCUUCCACCUACUCAGCCAUUCCAUGCCAUACUACGAGAAGCUCAAAGACUUCAGAAAGAACAAAACGAUCAGUUUGUAGCUAUUGAUCACCUAUUAUUAGCUCUUCUGAAAAUUGAUAAUUCAGAUUUAAAGGAACUCUUGAAAGGAACGGGAGCAGAACCAAAAGCCCUAGAAGCUGAAGUGAGAAGAAAGAGAGGAGGAAGGAAAGUGGAUAGUAAAGGUGCAGAAGGUCAAUUCGAUGCUCUAAGUAAAUAUUGUACCGACCUCACCGCCUUAGCCGAGCAAGGUAAACUCGAUCCAGUGAUCGGUAGAGAUAACGAAAUCCGACGUGUCAUACGUAUACUUUCAAGAAGGACAAAAGGUAAUCCAGUACUCAUUGGUGAACCUGGUGUUGGUAAAACGGCGAUAGCAGAAGGUCUCGCUCAACGUAUAGUGGACAGAGAUGUUCCAGCAAGUCUGCUAAGCAGACUUAUGGCAUUAGAUAUGGGAGCUUUGAUGGCAGGCGCAAAAUACAAGGGAGAAUAUGAAGAACGUGUCAAAGCUGUUCUUUCCGAAGUUGAGAAAUCAGGAGAUGAAGGGCAACAAAUAAUCCUUUUCAUUGAUGAAAUUCAUCUCAUCAUGGCCGGAAAAGAUUCGAGUGGUGGUAUGGACGCCGCAAACUUGCUUAAACCCAUGUUAGCUCGAGGCAAGCUCAAGGUUAUUGGAGCUACCACUUUGAACGAAUACCGAGAAUAUAUCGAGAAAGAUUCCGCUUUCGAAAGAAGAUUCGCUCAAGUCAUCGUGGACGAACCAUCGGUUCCAGAUACUGUAGCAAUCAUGCGAGGUAUUCGAGAGAAAUACGAAACUCACCACGGAGUAAGAAUAAUGGACUCGGCACUAGUCCUCGCUGCCCAAUUGGCUAAACAGUAUCUGACUGCUCGGAGGAUGCCCGAUUCUGCCAUCGAUCUGUUAGAUGAAGCUGCCAGUGCUGUCAAAGUGGCUCGAGAGACACGACCAGAAGCCAUUGACGUGCUGGAACGUCAAAAACUUGGAUUGGAGGUCGAAGUACAUGCACUGGAACGAGAAAAGGAUGAAGCCUCCAAGGAAAGAUUAGAAGUCGCCAAGAAAGCUAUUGCCGAAGUGGAAGAUAAGCUUGGUCCUCUGAAGAAACAGUACGAGAAUGAAAAACAUAUGGGUGAUGAAAUUCAUGACUUGAGAAAGAAGAUCGACGACUUGAGAUCUAAAGCAGAUGAAGCGGAGAGGAGGUACGAUCUUGCCACUGCCGCCGAUAUUCGAUAUCACUCCAUUCCACAACGAGAGAGUAAACUCAAAGAGCUAGAACAACGUGAAGCAGAGCGAGGGUCCGGUCAGCAAGUCACUCCAGAAAUGAUUGCUGAAGUAGUGGCCAAAUGGACUGGUGUACCCGUGUCUCGGCUGGUCGAAACGGAGAAAGCAAAAUUGCUUCGACUCGAAAAGCUCAUCUCCAAGAAGGUCAUAGGUCAACCCGAAGCUGUCAAAGCCGUAGCCAAUGCUAUACGACUCAAUCGAUCCGGUCUUUCCAAUCAGAACCGACCUAUCGCUUCCUUCCUUCUUGUCGGUCCGUCAGGUACCGGUAAGACUCUCUUAGCCAAGACUCUCGCUGGGGUGAUGUUCAACAGUGAAGAAGCUAUGGUCCGAAUCGAUGCUUCCGAGUAUUCCGAAAAACACUCGAUAUCAAGACUUAUCGGUGCUGGACCAGGUUAUAUCGGCCAUGAAUCAGGUGGACAAUUGACGGAAGCUGUUAGAAGGAGGCCAUACUCCCUCAUCCUCAUCGACGAAAUCGAAAAAGCUGCUAGAGAAUUCCAUCAACUCUUCCUUCAAGUCCUAGACGAUGGUAGACUGACGGAUGGGAAGGGACGAGUGGUCGAUUUCCGAAACACGAUUAUCAUGAUGACUUCAAACGUUGGCUCAGCGUAUCUCAACGAGAAUCCAUCCGAAGGUGCUGUUGCUCCCGAAGUUCGAGCAAAAGUACAAGGUGCCAUCUCUCAAACGUUCCCACCUGAAUUCAUAAACAGAAUAGACGAUAUUAUCCUAUACCGAUCACUCAGUCGAGCUGAUAUUCGAAGAGUUGUCGAUGUGCGACUCAGAGAAAUUCAGCAAAGACUCAACGACAACAACAGGAAAGUCAAAUUGGCAGUUGAUGAUUCAGCUUGUGACUGGUUGGCUCAAGCUGGAUAUUCACCAAGUUACGGUGCAAGACCAAUGGCAAGAUUGAUCCAAACUGAGAUCCUCAAUCCACUAUCCCGACUCCUACUUCAAGCAAGAGUCAGAGAUGGUGAAACCGCUCAUGUGACUGCCGAUAUUAGGAAGAACAGGUUGGUGGUCAUGCCUAAUCAUGAACCGGAUGUCACUGCUCCAGACGAUAGUGAUGACGAAGAUGAUGGCAUGGAUAUCGAAGUUGAAGAGAUGGAUUAA